CCAUUACCUAGGAAGUUAGGACGUUAGGUUCCGACGGAGCGAUGUACACACGUUCAACGAGUUAAUAAAUUUCUUUCGCGUAAUUAUUUUGUUUACACGCAUUUGUUUAAAGAAUAAAUAAUAAAUAAUCAAAAAUGGGCCGACUAGCAGAGGUAGCCGGUGAGCAAUCAUCUGAUCAAAACAAAACUUUCGUAUUCAUGGACGAAGGUUAUACUUUAGGAAACUCCUUAGUGUCUGUAAUCUUGCAAAACCCUGACGUGGAGUUUUGUGCUUGUUUCGUCAAUCAUCCAGCAGAGGGAAACAUAUACUUGAGGAUUCAAGCAAAGAAAGGAAAAGCAGUAGAUAUAUUAAGAAAAGGAUUGCAAGACUUCGAAAAGAUCUGUGAUCAUACCUUGGAUACAUUUAACAAUGCUUACGAUCAGUUUAAAAACUCUAAAGACAAAUUUGUAGAUAACGUAUAA